CCUUGGCACUUGGGGCAACUGGUUAUUGAUAUACAUUUCAGCUCCACAAACUGUGAAAUUUCACACAAAUGAUGAAAAACUGCACAUGGUUGUGAAAAUGUGCUCAACACACCCGAAGAACGGCAAGAAAAAGAUUCAGUAGGAAAAAAAAAUGACUUCAUUAUUUUUGAGUUUAUGAUGUUCUAUCUGCAUAACAGUACAUGUAAUCUUGUAAAACUUUACUUCAGUUCAAAUAAAAUAGGCUACUGAGUCAUGAUGUUUGCCCUAUAAUACCAAAACUGAUUUCAGGUAAUAUUGUCUUGCAUGUCAUUAAAAAUACUUUUUCCAUGUGUAGAUUUGGCAUUGGCCUGGGAGAUGUAUUAUUGCAGUGGCGUUGUGUUUUCAUUAGGUCUUGGAGCCCACAGUUUUACCACAGAAUCAUCCUCUCAGAAUUACAUUUUAUUACUACAUUGUUGAUGGAGUUGUAGGAUGGUGCCAUUAUCAUUACAACUUUAAAUGAAUUAAAUGAGUGCCAACAGAAUCAUGGAGCUAGUUUCAAUCAAGUCUCUGACGUAAGAGAAGGAAAUACAUGACUGUGAUGUCUGUUGUGACAUGACAGGUCACAUUCAAAACAUACGUGUUAUGUUUUAUGUUGUUUUAGUCUGGCAAAAAUGUUAUGGACCUAGCACAUCAAAGUUUUAUUCCUUUCAGCCAAACCUCUUCUAGGGAGUAGUGUAUGGGCUCCUGCAUGAUUAUAAGCUCUUUGCGGGAAAAAAAUAUACCUUAAUGUAGACAGCUCUUCAAAUUAGUUUUUCAAAGAUAAUUGUAUGGUGUCAACAUAUUUGCAUAAAACUAAAAUCGAGUCAAAUUAGACCAAUAAAAAAUGUGACUUUUAACAUACUAUUCUGGUUGAAGGAGGAGAGUGAAUGUGGUAAAUACACCUUUAAAAAAAACAAGUGAAGGAGCCUUCCAACAAAUACAUCAGGCAGGAAAGUAUUAGGAGUGAUGGUUGGCAGAAGGUUCAAGAAGCAGGCUUGUGACCAAAAGGUUGUAAAUUGGAAUCCUUAAUCCCCCGCUGCUCCACUGGAGCUGCUCAGCAGAAGCAACAGCAUGACAGGACUGCAGUUAAUGCCCCUGGAUAUGCCCCCCCCCAUGGUCCUAUACCUGCCUCUUCUGGUAUACCUCCUGUAGUUCUUGCUGUGACUAAAUGAUAAUAAUAAUAAUCUCAGAUAAUUGGCAUCUAAACAUCCACAUGGUUUGCAGUCAAAGAAAGAUUCAUAUUUAAGUUGGAGUAAGAGUCACUUUGAUGUUUUAAUCAGCUGAAUAUUUCACCACUUUGCACCAUCUCCAUCCCUGAGGGGUUUGGCUGAGCAAAGGUUCUGCGAUAAUUUGUAGAAUUGGAUAUAACAGGGUCACAAAGUCACAUGAUAAGUUAUAAAUUUAUCCAGACUUAUUCCUGUUAUUUUAUUUAUUGGGGUUGUUGCCUCAAGGUUAGACUGUGUGUGUGUGUGUGUGUGAUUACAUAAUCUGACAAGCUCUAAAAUGUUUAUUUGACAUGACAACAUGUCAAAAGUCUGCUUGACUUUACUGCUGAUGAAAAAAAACAAAACCCCACAUCAGGCUGUUAUCACUGAAGAGAAAGCCUGCCAUCUGAUGGACAAUGAAGAACUUGCAGGCUGUCAGCAGGUACUGUCUGUGUAGGGCACAUCGCCACAGUACAACAACUUACAGUUUGCAACUACUGUUUGUUAACGGAGCCUGUAGGAAACAGAAGAAACACACACAAAGGCUCUGACAGGACCCAUACUUCGAUAUUGCAGAUGAACUUCAGCACAAAUGCCCAUUGUGGCAGUCACACUAGCAAAGAAAAUAUUCUACCCCCAAGCAAAACAGAUGUAUCGCAGGUCCAGAGGACCAAGCAGCGGACAGUGCUUGGUGUUUUGUCAGAAAAUGAGCAGUAUGGUCGAUCACUCAACAAGGGAAGCCAGUUUUCCAAACACAGCUCAGUCUCGGAGAGCUCUCAGCACACUUUUCUUGGCUGUCCCUCUAGUUCCAGCUAUGAUGUGUAUGUUGAAGAGGCUUGUGAAGUUGUUCUUGCAGCUUCUGGUCAAGAAGUGGUUUCAGACAGCUACUAUCUAGAUACUGCUGCCCAGCAAAAUGAAGAUUUGAGACUCCUGCUGGAGCUUAGUUCAAGUUCAUGCCAGGAUGCUUCUAUGCAGUCUGAACCAAAUGAGUCCCUGAUGUCAGAGGAGGUGCUGUGUGUGUCUGAGUAUGCAAAGGACAUUUACCGACACCUGAGGGAGAGUGAAAUGAAGUUCAGGCCGAUGCCAGACUGCUUAGAGAAACAUCCAGAGAUCACCAGUGGCAUGCGGGUCAUCCUAGUGGACUGGUUGGUGGAAGUCGUCCAGGAGUACAAGCUUCGUUCUGAAACUCUGCAUCUGGCUGUCAACUAUUUGGACCGCUUUCUCUCCCGCACGGCAUAUGUGAAACAGGGCAAGCUGCAGCUGGUUGGCACAGCUGCAUUACUUAUUGCAUCAAAAUAUGAGGAGAUCUUGCCUCCUGAGCUGAAUGAGUUUGUGUACAUCACAGACAGCACCUACACGAAGAAGCAGUUGCUUCGAAUGGAGCAUGUUUUCCUAAGAGUGCUGGCCUUCGAGAUGGCAGCGCCCACCACAAACCAGUUCCUUCGCCUUUUCAUGUCCAUCCACUCUGUCUGUGCCAACACGGAGAAUCUGGCCGUGUAUGUAGCUGAGUUAAGCCUGCUGGAAAUUGAACCAUUCCUACGGUACACCCCAUCUAUAGUGGCAGCUGGAGCCUACUGCCUGGCCACCUACACUGUAAACAAAUCUUUAUGGCCAGAUUCCUUAUAUGCCUUUACUGGCUAUACCAUGGCUGAAAUUGCACCCUGCCUGACUGACCUCCACAAGCUAUUCAUUAGUGCAGAAAGCCGCCCACAACAGGCCAUCAGGGAAAAGUAUAAGAGUUCAAAGUAUUGUCGUGUUUCGUAUAUCACUCCACCUGCUGUCCUGCCUUCCCUUUGAGUCACUGCUCCACCCUUAUUUUGACACUUCUGCCAGAACAUAAUUAGAUGGAGAACAAAAGAAACACAGCUUAUUAAACAGCAAGACCCAUACAUGCCACACCCCUCUGAACACUUCAUUACCUUUAGAUUUUUUUAUUAUUGUUUUAUGCAAAUACAAAAAAAUAAGAAAAAACAUACUUCAUGACCUUAGAAUUUUAGUACUUGCAGUUGUUAAGUCAUCACAUAUAACAUAAUGCUCAUAUUUUGUGCAGAAUGAUACAAAAUUCAUGUUAAAUCAUGAAUUACAGAAUCAUCCAUAUGUUUUAGAGUUAUUCUAAAAUAUGGCCAAGCAUUUUUGAGAGCUUUCCAAAUGUCAUGUCACAGUUUAAAGCUACAUGCAUUUCAAAAUAAAGUUAUUUGAAGUUAUAACU